CCAUACAUCGUGGUAACGCUCCUAUAACUCGAUGCACCGGUCCAUUUAGCUCCCCCGACCGAGGCACCGCUCGAGCUGUCUCUCUUGACCGAGUAAACACACGAGGCAGUUGCCACAGAGUCGAGGCAGUUGCCACGAAUCACCGCAGCCUGCAACAGGAAGUGCCUCAGCGAGUUGCCACUGUCACGAUUGGCGCUAGACCUUUCUCGCAGGAGUUCUCUGUGUUUAAUUCCUGUUCACUUUAGUGCUGAAACAGGCAUGACUUGACCGUAUGGAGUUGAUUGUAAUUUAAGGACAUUUUAAAAACAUUGCAGUACAGGACGUUGUGUGGCCGAAUGGAUAUAGUAAGGUCUUUCAUCAGUUGUAUAGGGGCCGGGCUCGCAUCACUUCCUGGACCACCUUCUGUGUUAAUCAUCAGUCGCGGCUGGUCCAUAGGGGCCAAUGGGGCAUGGCCCCACUUUGAGUCCAUAAAAAAAAGAAAACAUAUACCGGUAUGCUAUAAAAACAAACACUACACUUUUACCUUAGCAUUGCUGCAGUUAAAUCCACAUUUUUCACACAUUUCAAAUCUUAACCGAGACCACGUGACACGACAAACUUCGUAAUUUCCGGUGUUUACCUCUGUGGCGAAACUGGCACGGUUGGCACUUUGUGAUGCAGUUACACACAUGCGACACCCCCCGCUUGGAGUGCUGUCACACAUCUCCGCGUUGAGUUGUUGCACUUUGGGCUCUCGCUAGUCUAAUGUCUUCGGCUGCGGGCUACUCUCACGCAAUGGUAGCUCUCCGUUGCGUUACUUAGCUACGCGUAGCCGCUAAUGAGCGCGAGCGGCUGGUACAGCCCGACCACCAUGCCGCGGAGAAAGAAGAACGGCCAGAGCCCGGCCAGAGCCCCCGGCGGGUCGCCAGAGCGGGGGAGCCUCGGCCACUACAGCGGUCACCGAGACCCGGCGGGAUUAGACGGCGCCAUGGCGAACAACUUUCCGUCCAACACGUCGCUCUCCAGCUCCGCCAAGGAGAAAAUCAGCAGCAGCAUGCAGGAGAUGUUCUCGCACCUGGACCCCGAAGUGAUCUACAUCGUCCUGUCCGAGUCCGACUUCAAAGUGGAAAAUGCCAUGGACCACUUGCUGGAGCUUUCUGUGGCUGCUGAGGUCGUGGCCCCGCCACCUUCCCGAGUCUCUGGCUUCGAGCUCACCGCCGCGGCCCUGCUCAGCCCGCGUCACACACCUGGACCCGGCCAAGACUCCUCCAGAUCGUCCCGGCUGCCCCAGUCCCCCCCGUUCCCCACCAGCCCCCUGACAGACGAGCUGGACCGUCUCGUUGACCAGGAGCUUCAGGCACUAACUUUGCAGCGGGGCGUGGAGGAAGAGCUCCGCGGCAGCCAGUGUUUACCCGCUGCGGUGUCCCUCUGCUCUCUGCCCGCGCUGCCGCCCCAGCAGCGGGUCCUCCCUGAGCUGCUUCAGGCCAGCCAGCGAACUUCGCUUGACCAGCUCAGCGUUUGGGAAGGCAAAGCGGCUGAGCAGCAGCAGCAGCAGUCAAUGGUGAACUUCGCACAUCUGAUGGCCGAGACUGCCGAAGACAAGCUGAAGCCCCCUCUGGAUUUGGCGACCUCGGGGCGUCCCUCCGCCUUCCAGAGGUAUAAAAAGCAGCAAGACAUGUCCCGCCCUCUCUCAGACGAGACCACCGUUGCUCCCUCUGAAGUUGUGGUCGGUGGAGCGAGAUCCAAGACUAACCUGUUGAAUCAGCAGACGCUUGGCAACAUGUCCAUUCCCUGGAACCUGGGGGCACACUCUUUUUCUCCCCGUGUCCACGGAAACCAGGGGCCAGUCUUCAUUACCCCCGUGGCUGAGUCCCCGUCCAUCUGGUCCCAGCAGCCCGGGCUUUUCUCUCCCUGGAUGGGUCCGGGUCCUGUCUCCGGCCGAGCACCUCUCAGACCCGCUGCCACCAUUCCAAAGUCCUGGGCCCAGCCUGCCGCCCCGCACAGCAGGCUGCGUCUGGAAGGGAAGGUGCUUGUGAUGCUACGCGGGGCUCCAGGGUCCGGCAAGUCUACCUUGGCAAGAGCCCUCUUAGAGCACAACCCAGGAGGAGUUGCACUGAGCACGGACGAUUACUUUAAUCGCAAUGGAGUUUAUCAGUAUGACCCUGCUGCUCUGGGGGAGGCCCACGAGUGGAACCACAAACAAGCCAAGGAGGCGUUUGACCGGGGGGCUAACCCUAUUAUCAUCGACAAUACCAACAUGCAGGGCUGGGAGAUGAAACCAUACGUGGCUCAGGCACUGAAGCAUGGCUACAAGGUGCUGUUCAGAGAGCCGGACACUUGGUGGAAGAACAAGCCCAGAGAACUGGAGAGACGUAACUCACACAAUGUGCCGGUGGAGAGAAUCCGACGCAUGCUGGAAAACUACGAGCGCUUCGUCACGGUCCAGUCCAUCAUGGGCUCACGGAUGCCUGAAACAAAACCGCGGCUCCAUCUGGAGAACAGCAGCUCGCAGCUUGUGACUUCUAAAAAACCCUGUCCUGAUCUUGUCGGACUGCCGGGAUUGGCUGAGGGAUGUAAGAAGUCCCGCCCUCAGCUGUAUUCCUCUCUCCCUGACGUGUCCACUAUUGGUCGUUCCAGUGGAGUGGGAAUGCUGGAAGAGGGCACCCACGAAUCAACAGAGUCCCUCAAUUUCCAACCCACUGGAACUCUGCAGGAACACAGAGCCGCGUGCGACAGGGUCAAUGACGUGGAUUUGGGCGAGUUGGAUUCUGGGUCAGAGGCCCAGUCAGAGCUGGGUCUUCAAAUCGGAGAUCCGAGCAUCCCAGACUGCAUCGUGGAGUCGGUGAUGAGCGAAGAUUCUCGCGGGGACGAGAUGCCCGUGGCUUUCUCUGAAUCCAUUGCGCAAAGAGUGCGGAGAGAAAGGCCAGCGAGGAGGUCCUGUCUUGACAGGUCGGAGCCCACAGACCUGGUGAAAGACACCAACCAAUCAGACGGGGAGGCAGAAAGAACUGGGACAGCGAGGGAUGGGGGAGAGAAGGGAAGGCCUCCGGUGCUGGAUUUUAUAGGAGAUUGGCCUUCCGGAGGGUCCUUUGAGCAGCGACAGGUGAGGGCAAGAGAAGGGCAUAAAGACGGGAAGGGGGAGGAAUGCCUGCGUCCUGAUGCUAACAGAAAUAUGGCAAAAUCGCAACCCGGACCCGAUGUGACGGAAUUUCAGAAGCUCCUUGAUCUCAUUCAGUCGGGGGCGGCCGACAUUCGGACGGGCUCUUCCCGUUCGUCCUCGCUCUCCCAGAGCUCUUUGGCGGAACUGGAGAAAGAAGAAGAAGAAGAAGAGGGGGCGGCGGUUAGCAGCAGCAGAGGGGAGCUACCCGACUGUGUGCUUGACUGGAAGGCAGCUGACUCUUGUAAGGUCAGAGAAUCGAGAAUAGACAGUUGGGAUGGUGUUGCAAGGGGAAAAAACGAGGCUGGAAGCACCACUGGAGGAAAGGAUAAUAUGUUGGAGAGCGGCAACAAAUCUGUGGACAUGAAAUCAACCAACCCAACGAGUCCCACCUCGGCUCUGGAUGCUCAUUCGCUGGUCCUCUCCGAAACUGUGGAGGCAAACGUUUGCCACAAUGGAGUGGCAAGCCACGGUGCCAGAGAGGAUGUUGCUGCCGUACCGGCCGCUCGUCCGCCUGGCGCCGACACGCCAGAGGAUGGCAGAGAGACCAAAGCCGAUGCGAGUCAUGUUAGCGACGUGCGUGAGAGUCCAGCGUGGGAGGGCGGCGGAGAGGCCGAUGGCGGUGCUUUCAGCGGAGGCAGCCAGGAGAGAAAGCAACGGCAGGGUCGCAGGUCGGGGAAACAGUGCAAGCUGGCGCUCACCUUCACUAACAACUGCCUCGCCGCCUCCCACAGUGCUCACGAAUGUCCCAGAAGCGCCGACCCCGACGUGAACAGCAUCCAGACGAGCUCCAGCACAGACGUGGGACCGGACUGCAGCCUGAGCCCCGGCUUCGACCUGUUCACAUCUGAUGCACACCCACAGCCUCCGUCCUGGCUGCCGCCGGCAGACACCGGCUGCUCCACCCAGACGGAUCCUCGAGACUUUGCCCUCCUCUGGCGCCUCAACCGGGGAGGCAACGCCGGCGAGGCCACGUGCGCCCACCCCGGCGGCGUCGCGGUGCUGUCCGGCGACUCCUUUCGCUUUGUGCCGGAGCUGUCCGCCGCACACCCGUUGACCUUCAGAGAGGUGCCCUACCAGGUGUCCCACGAGAAGGGCACGCAGGUGGAGGAGAAGGAGUGCGCGGCAACUCAGGACAGCCUGGAGAGCUUGCGCAUCCUCAGCCGCCACUUCAAACUGGUUAGUUUUGACACGCUGGAAGAUCUGUACGACAAGUGCAGCCAGGACCUCGAGUGGACCACCAACCUGCUUCUGGACUCUGGAGAGAGGUUCUUCAGAGAGGACGAUGAGGGGGAGGAGGACGAUGGGGCUGGGGCUACUGAUGGGCGGUUGACAUCCGGUCUGUGUACAGGGAAUCCUGAAGGGGCCGUGUCACGUCCUAAUGUGCUCGUUGAGCAUUGCCCCAGCGUUUGGCCCCAGGGAAAGCCAGCUGGCUCUGAGGAGCAGUCCGCAGCUAGUGACUCAUAUGAGAGCGCUGAAAAUACAGAUAAGCAAUCCUCUGGUGAAGCAGCUGUUCCAGUCACCAACAAAGAUGUUCCUGGUACCAAAACAUCUCAAGUGGAUGUGAAUGUGCCUCACACAGCGAACGAAGGAGUUCAACGCAGCAACCGCAAAGCGACACCAGAAGCUCAGCCAGAAUCGGUCGCUUGGGGUGGAAGCUUUGAUGAUGGAGCGAUGGUUGAAGAGUCCAGAGUGGAGAUGGAGGAGGAGAUCGCCAGCAUGGACGAGGUCCACCGGCUGCUGCAGGUCGAGCUGGACGAGAUGGAGAGACAGCAGCAGAAGGAAGAGGUGGAGGAGGAGGAAGUGGAGGAAAGUGCCAGAAGGAGGCACGCAGAGGAGAGACGGAGCCUGCACCUGGACAUCCAGAGCGUGGAGCUCCGUCUACCCACUGAAGUGGCGCUGCAGCUAAUAGAGCUGUUUGGCCCCAUCGGAGCAGACCCAGGCUCUUUCUCCACCGAGGACUACGCCGUGCAGAUGGAUCUGAACCUGGCCAAACUGCUCCACCAGAAGUGGAAGGAAACCAUUCAGGAGAAGCAGAGACAAGCAACUCUUUCCUUUCACUUGCUUCAGGAAACUGCAGCACAGUGGGGGGAGUCACAGGGGGCGUCAUCCGUCAACCAACCGGAGGCGCGCGGCCGGAUGCCUUUCAUGGACCACUGGAACGCGCCUCGCCCCCACGUGUCUCUCCGAGAUAUCAUCAAAGAGGAGCAAGCUUUGCAGAAGAACGUGGAAAAGACCAGACAGGGUCGUGCAGACCUGGACCGGCGUGAUGGAGCCGCCGUGUUAAAAGAAGACCAACUGUUCUCCCUCUUCCCCACCAUUGACAGGCACUUCCUCCAGGACAUCUUCAGAGACCACAACUACAGCCUGACUCAGACGGAGCUGUUUCUCCGCUCUCUGCUGGAGGAGGAGCCCGUCAAGACAGUGGUGGCUCCAGAGUUCCCUCGCUCCGACCACCUCAGAGCCGCCAGCAAGGAGCGGGAGAAGAGGCAGCAGCCCCCGGAGUCAGUCGCAGCCGCCUAUCAGGACACAGAGGACCCAGAGUAUGAGGACUUCAGGGCCGAGGCCACACAACAGAGGGGCCGACAGCUCGAGUGCUUCUCCAAGGCCGCCGAGGCCUACAAGCAAGGACGCAAAGAAGUGGCCUCAUUUUACGCACAGCAGGGACACCUGCAUGGCCAGCGGAUGCACGAGGCCAAUCACCGUGCGGCAGUCCAGAUCUUUGAGCGGGUUAACUCCUCACUGCUGCCCAACAACAUCCUGGACCUCCAUGGGCUGCAUGUGGAUGAGGCGCUGCAGCAUCUGGCUCAGGUCUUACAGGACAAAACCACAGACUGUGAGCGGGGUCUGUGUCGACCUCAGCUCUCUGUCAUCACAGGAAGAGGGAACCACAGCCAGGGGGGCGUGGCCCGCAUCCGCCCUGCCGUUAUAGACUACCUCACCAACAAACACUACAGGUUCACUGAGCCAAAGCCAGGCCUCGUGUUGGUCUCUUUGAAGUGAGAAGAACCUGGUUUACCGGAUUUAAGCUGAAGCUGCUAUGGAGGAUCACACACACACACACACACACACACACACGCAGUCUCUCUCUCUUUCUCUUUGUACAUACAGUAUGUUACACACUCACACUUAUUUUUUAAAUUGAGUUAAAAUCUUAAUUUAGAUCCUAAUAAGAAUUGUUUUCCUAUUGUUUUAGAUAACUGUAACCUUGGAACUACAGUAUUUUUUUAUUGCAUCAGUGAAACUAGAAUGUAUGUACAUUUUAAAUGUAAAAAGGUUUUAUAGAGCGUCAUACUUAAAAAAUGCUUUUUUUUUUUAAAAGUGUGAAUAAAAAAAACACAAUUUGAAUGCUUACUGUUAAAACGUUAUUAAUAUUUUUUGCAUUUACUAAUGCAGAGUCAUGUUAAAGACGUAAAUGUGAGCAUUUUAGUGUACCUUCAAUGGAUGUGUGAUGUCUGCUUGGAGGCCGCUCUCUGGGGAUUUAAAAGACAUUCGUGUUUUUAAAUGCAUUUUACUUAAUACCAGCACAACAUUAUAUGCAACUUAUCCCCAAAACCAAUGCUGAGUAGGAGGCGAGUUUCUUUCAUCUAGGUGGGUUAUAGUGCGCCUCUCUUAGCAGGAGGUGAGCCUGAGACUGAUCAAAGAUGAUCAAAAGAGCAGUUAAGAGCUUAAACACACUGCUCCGUGAGUUCUGCAGUAAUCCGUCUCUUUUCUCAGCAGCCGCCUCGUUAACACAAGGCAACUGUUACUUAAUGCUGAUAUAUUGAUAUGCAAACUCGGGUAGAGGAUUCAACAUUGUUAGGUAUUCUCUUCGGUGGCGAGUCGGGCAUUUGUUGCAGCUUCUUUUAACCCAAUGUGCCAAAUCCUGUAUUACUCAGGUUUCUACACUAUUUUUAUAGCUUUGAAACACUUGUGUGUUUUUUUUUUUUUUCAUAAAUGGGUAAUGACUAUGUCGACACAAUUUGAAUAAGUGUAUUUUUUUUAAUUAAUUU